AGCAAAGAUGAUUCAGAUCUGAACUCCCGCUGUUCUCUCUCCAGAUAUAUAUACACACCUAUAUAAAUUCUAUCAGAUAUAAAUAUAUAUAUAUUAUAUAUUUUUUCGUAUUUAUUAUAUAUAUUUACAAAUAAAUAAAUACAUAUCUAUGAUACAUCUGCAAUCGUCAAAACCCUACAACACUGGUUACCGAGUCGCCUCGUUUUUCUUGGACAAGCGGAAGGCGGGAAACUCGCACCGUCCGGCAUGGAGUCGGUGGAUUCAACUCGAGCUUUUCUUAAAGACGUUAGGCGAAUCAUCGUUAAGGUUGGGACUGCGGUUGUGACUCGAGGUGAUGGAAGGCUAGCGCUGGGCAGACUAGGAACGCUUUGUGAACAGCUUCAAGAACUCAACUAUGAGGGAUAUGAGGUUAUUUUGGUGACAUCAGGUGCUGUUGGCGUUGGUCGCCAGCGCCUUAGAUACAGGAGAUUAGUCAACAGCAGCUUUGCUGACCUCCAAAAACCACAAGUUGAACUUGAUGGGAAAGCAUGUGCAGCUGUUGGACAAAAUGGUCUCAUGGCUCUAUAUGAUUCAUUGUUUAGUCAGCUGGAUGUGACAUCAGCUCAGCUACUCGUGACUGAUAAUGAUUUUAGGGAUCCAGAUUUCAGAAAGCAAUUAAGUGAAACAGUAAAAUCAUUGUUGUCUCUGAAAGUUAUUCCUAUAUUUAAUGAAAAUGAUGCUGUCAGUACCAGGAAAGCUCCAUAUGAGGACUCUUCUGGUAUUUUUUGGGACAACGACAGUUUAGCAGCCCUACUAGCUUUGGAGCUACAGGCUGACCUUCUUGUCCUGUUGAGUGAUGUAGAGGGUCUAUACAGUGGCCCUCCAAGUGAUCCACAUUCAAAGUUAAUCCAUACAUACAUUAAGGAGACGCAUGAGGGACUAAUUACAUUUGGAGACAAGUCCAGGGUGGGGAGAGGGGGCAUGACUGCCAAAGUAAAGGCUGCUGUUUAUGCAGCUGAUGCAGGCAUCCCUGUUGUUAUCACUAGUGGCUAUGCUGUUGGCAAUAUCAUAAAAGUACUUCAAGGAGAGCGUAUUGGUACCCUCUUCCAUCGAGAUGCACAUAAGUGGGCCCCACCUGGAGAAGUCGGUGGACGUGAGAUGGCAGUUGCAGCAAGGGAAAGUUCCAGAAGGCUUCAGGCAAUGUCUCCACAAGAUAGAAGUAAAAUCUUGCUGGACAUAGCUGAUGCCCUGGAAGCAAAUGAAACACUGAUCACGACUGAAAAUGACGCUGAUGUUGCUGCAGCACAACAGGCUGGCUAUGAAAAUUCGUUGAUAUCUCGGUUGGCUUUAAAGCCUGAAAAGAUUUCAAGUCUUGCAAACUCAAUUCGUGUGCUUGCAAACAUGGAAGAGCCAAUUGGUCAUGUUCUGAGGAGAACUGAGAUUGCAGAUGGAUUCAUCUUAGAGAAGACAUCAUCUCCCUUAGGUGUUCUCCUGGUUAUUUUUGAGUCUCGGCCUGAUGCAUUAGUUCAGAUAGCAUCAUUGGCAAUCAGAAGUGGGAAUGGGCUGCUCUUGAAAGGGGGAAAGGAAGCCAAACGAUCAAACGCGAUCUUGCACAAGGUUAUUACUGAAGCUAUCCCAGAAAAUGUUGGUGAACGACUUAUAGGACUUGUGACUUCCAGAGAUGAGGUUCCUGAUUUGCUCAAGCUUGAUGAUGUUAUUGAUCUUGUGAUUCCAAGAGGCAGCAAUAAACUCGUUUCUCAAAUCAAGAAUGCAACAAAAAUUCCUGUUUUGGGUCAUGCUGAUGGAAUAUGCCAUGUUUAUGUUGAUAAGUCCGCUGAUAUGGAGAUGGCGAAGCGCAUUGUUUUGGAUGCAAAAACAGAUUAUCCAGCAGCCUGUAAUGCAAUGGAAACACUUCUCGUUCACAAGGAUUUGGCGCAGACUGGUGACGUUAAUGAUCUUGUUGUGGAACUUCAAAUAAAAGGUGUUAAAAUAUAUGGUGGACCAAGGGCAAGCCACUUGAUGAAUAUUCCAGAGGCAAGCUCAUUUCAUCACGAGUACAACUCAUUGGCUUGCACUGUUGAAAUUGUGGAUGAUGUGUAUGGUGCCAUUGAUCACAUACAUCACCAUGGAAGUGCGCAUACUGAUUGCAUUGUUACAGAAGACCAUGAAGUUGCAGAAGUCUUUCUACGUCAAGUUGACAGUGCUGCUGUAAUUCACAAUGCGAGCACAAGAUUUUGUGAUGGAGCUCGUUUUGGACUGGGUGCAGAGGUUGGGAUUAGUACAAGUAGAAUUCAUGCUCGUGGUCCAGUAGGAGUUGAAGGAUUGCUAACAACGCGAUGGAUUGCUAGGGGAAGUGGGCAGGUGGUGGAUGGUGAUAAAGGAGUCACAUACACUCACAAGGACCUCACUUCCGAGGCGGAAGCAUCAGUUGAAUGAAAAAUGAAUUGGGGGCGGAAGCAUUAGUUGAAUGAAAGUUUAUUGGAGGCGGAAUCAUCAAUAUGAAAAAUUAUUGGAAGCGGCGCGAGGACAUUCUUUUGUUCCUCCCCCUAUGUUACAUAUAUUAUUAUAUGGUACAUUAUUCAAAACAUUCUGCAUUGUUGGUUUAAGUUACAACUUUUUGCUAAA